CUGCGGAUCGAUUGCCUCCAUCGUCUCUUGCCCCUGCCUGCCUUGACACUCGGAAGGGGCAGACGGUGCGCGAAGAGUUCCAGUCAGAGUAGAGAGUCGUGACGCUCACUGCAGCUCGUUGGCACUCCGGCGAUUUGGAAGUUAGCGGCAGAGGGCGCGAUGCAGGGUCAAAGUACGGUGGGUCUAUAAAGUGGCGAUGGCACUCGAAGAUCGUCAGACAGACUCUCCUGUCUCUGUCUGAAGGUGCUGCUGAUUUUACCGUGGUGGUAAAGUCUGAGAGGGCCAUCCAGCUCAGCUCAAUUCGUUUCGACUCAAUCCAGUUCGAUUCGGAACACUCGAACUCUCGACUUCGUCGUAUCCGAUCCGCUGAAGCGGUGACUGUACAGAGAGUUGCGAGCAGGAGCAGGGGCAUCGGUAACAUGAGGAGCAGCAGCCACAGCAACAGCACCAGCGGAAUUCACAGAGAGCAGCAGCAGCUGCUGCUGCAGUCGGGACUAUCUUUUCGAGGAUUGACCGAGUGAGUGAUGGGCGUGUGCACGAUUCGGGAAACAAAAAAGUUUUAGAGAGACGGAAAAAAUAAAGAUUUCAGAUCGCGUAGAGACGUGGAAACGAAGCAAAGCUCGAGGUCUGCGACAUUUGACGAAACUUCGAUCAUACCCCCGGCCGCUGCUUCAGGCAGUCGUACUCCCGGAAUCCGUUUUGACUCGGGGACUUGUUCUCUGCCUCUGAUUCUGCCACUUCUCUAAUCCCACCUCUCGAGGAGGCUCGGCCAAUUCGGGCAGGUCAAGCUUCGGUCAAUUCUUUGGUCAUAAGUCUCUCGGUUGAAGCCACGUUCCUCGGUUGCUGAGACUCAGACGCCCAGAGUGGUGGAGCAGGGCAGAGCGAGAGAUGUGGAAGCAGGGGAUGAUGAGCUCCCGCUCUCAGUUACCGUGUAGGAGGGAAUUCAAGGAGAGCAGGUGCUGCAGGUGCGUAGUCCGAGUCUUGGCAACUUUCAGACGAGGAUGAUGAUGAUGGCCGCCUUCACGCUUCUGGCACUGAGUGUCCAGAGCAGAGCGCAGUCAAGCUGAGACACCGAGGGCUGCCCUUUUCAGUGCUAGGAAAUCUGCUGAGGAAUUCUCCUCUCGGCGGAUGAUACCUGACCGAGCAUGCUUUCCCUCGGCGUCGCCGUCGUCUUCUCCUCGGUUUCUUGCUCGUUCUGGUGAUUUCGGAGCUGCAAUUGCCCUCCAGAUGACCAUUCUUUUACCCGACUAGUCUAUCAGUGUUACAAGGUCGAUCGGACUGUGUAAUUGUGUUCCGAGGGCCGUGACUCGAAGUUUAAGAUGAUUCGGAAGUUUAGAGAGUUGAGAGACGGGGAGGGAGGAGGAGGUGGAGCUGGUGCCGAUGCUGAAGAUGUCGACGAUCGAACGGAGCUUAAAUGGAAGAGCAGGCGAAGCAAAGCGUAUCCGAUGGCCUUGCUUCUGGUGUUCACCCUGGUGGUUGGAGUGACUAUAUUGAUGAAUUUUCACAGCCCUUUUGCUUCCAUUCGGCCGUACACUGAAGAGGAAAGACAUCAUGUAGAUAAAGUUUUGGGGCGAGAGACCGAUCAACAGCUGUCUACCACUUUUAUUCGCGAACACCCAUAUGACUCAAAUGGAAAAGAACUAUCGACCUGGCCGAGUCACUGGCAGAAGAUGUUGCCGGGAAGUGUACAGCACGAGGUUUUCUAUUGCGAUCGGACGCACAUUCGCACUGAUGUAUGUCGCCUUCACGGGAAUGUACAUCUCGAGCAGAGUGGUACAUUUGUGCUACAUUCCGUAGACGACACUACGCCUUUGAAAAUGUUGACUGUCAAACCUUACACGAGAAAAUGGGAGAAGCUAUGCAUGGAUAAAGUUAGUGAGGUGAGAUUGGUGAGUGUACGAUCGUCAGGCAAUGGGAGCAGGGUUUGCGACAUGUGGCAUUCUCUUCCAGCCGUAGUCUUCUCAACUGGCGGCUAUACUGGCAACGUGUACCACGAGUUUCACGACGGGCUCAUUCCCCUGUAUAUCACUACACAGCACUUGAAACGAGAAGUUGUAUUCGUCAUAUCUGACUAUCAUCCCUGGUGGUUCCAGAAGUAUGCGGAAGUCAUAAAGCAGCUUACGAAGUAUGAGAUCCUCGACCUUGCCAACCUUACGGAGUCGCAUUGCUUCUUGGAUGUUACAGCAGGCCUCUUUAUCCACGAAGAGUUGAGUAUCAUUCCUUCUAUCAUGCCAAAGCAGAAAUCUAUUCGAGACUUCAGGGCACUUCUGGGCAGAGCAUAUCAUGGAAACCUUUCGUGGUCAGCUGAGGACAUUACGACUUUCAGACCAGUUCGGGGCAAGCAAACAGGGGUCAUGCCGGAACUGGUCAUAAUCGUGAGAGAGGGCAGCCGAGUUCUUCUCAACUUGGACAAGAUUGUGAAACUGGCCAUACAGGUUGGGUUCAAUGUUGUGAUCUUGAAACCCGAUCCUACGACCGAGUUGAAGAAGCUAUUCUGGGUCCUGAACAGAGCUGAUGUGAUGAUGGGUGUCCACGGAGCCGCGAUGACGCACUUCCUCUUCAUGAGACCAGGGACAGUUUUCAUUCAGGUUGUUCCUCUGGGUACUGACUGGGCAGCUUACACCUAUUUCGGAGAGCCUGCAGAGAAGAUGGGCCUGCAAUAUUUGCCCUACAAAAUCACGCCCGAAGAGAGUUCCCUAUAUAAGAAAUAUGGAAAGGACGAUCCUGUGCUGACAGAUCCAUAUGCCGUCGGCCAACAGGGUUGGGGAACCAUCAAGGAGAUAUACCUGGAGGGCCAAGACGUGGAAUUGUCUUUACCUCGAUUUCAGAAAACACUCGAAGAGGCUAAGCGUAAGUCUAAGCCUCAAAAUUUGCCUGUCUCGGAUGUUUUAGCUUCGAUUUAGACGUGCUGCGGAGAAAUAAAUUCGAAUUGAAGGAUCGCAGAGGUUCAAGUAAAAGCACGUUGCUGCUGCGUUUAUGAUGAUGAUCUUCAUCGUAUCCUGCUAUACCACCUCUUCCCGCACCUUUGCCUGGUUGUAGCAAUAUCUCUCGUUGUGUUUAAAAUACUUUCUCUGCCGUGUAGCUAGAGAUGCAAUUGUUCCUUGAGCCCUGUAGAAUAGUAGUGUAGAUAUGUGUUCGACAUCAGAUCGUUCUUCCGAAUUGUAGGUGCACCAGCCAUCUUUGUUAGUAUCACCUAGAGAAACGAACUACUACAGUUCAAACGUCUUGGUCUCUGAUCUGAAAAUAUAGAAAGACUGCGGAAGAACUGGAUUUAGAGUUACUUUGGGGCUGGUUAUUCCACCCACUCACCGAAAAGCGAAAAAAUUGCGACGGAAUUAUUUUGGGACCCAACUACUGGGGUCAACGGCAAUAAACUGACGCUCGAGCUGAAUAGCUUGGAGCACUUAGAAAGAGAUUUCCUUCG